CUCAAUAUGAAGCUGUGCAUUUUGCUUGUAAUCGCAGGUCUCAGUUUGUCCUGGGGCUGGCCAGCUCAGCUGGAGCAGGAGCAGCUGCAGCAGGCGCCUGUCGUGCAGGAGCCAGAGCCCCAGCAGCAAUUGGACAAUGCGGACUCCAUGGCCACCCUAACGGAUAUCGCCGAUAUGGGCAGCCAGCACGCAGAGGAAGGAGCACGCAAUGCACGCUUUCUGUGGUUCAGCCCCUGGGGAUAUCGUUCCUAUUACUAUCGCCCUUACUACCAUCCUUGGGGACAUCAUUAUCGUCACUACUGGUGGUGAAACUUAAUUUAAAUUAAAUGCAUCAAGGUCAAGCUGAAUAAAU